AUGUAUCUUUUAAGGCUACUAUCAGCAUUUGUGGUGUUAACCACCGCGUUAGCCAUAGAUACAUUCAAUGCUUGUCCUUCCCAGAAUUUUGGUUGGCAUUACAAAGUAACCGGGUUCCCCCAGGCUUCUAUCACGGUCACAAACCCCAUCAAGAAGCCAGACGGUACUUGGGAUGUCACCAUUAACUUCUAUGCUGCUCAAAGCAUGCCAGUCUCCUCUCUUACAGAGUUGAAGAUCCUCAGCAUAGGAACAUACAUCCUUUACUCCUACAACAUGAAGGUGUACACGGUCACUGAUCCUGGUCAAUGGUCGUACACCGUCAACAUUACUCCUCGUCAGGUCGGCAGUUACCAGACGUGUAUGCCAAGUUUCACUAUCCAGUACGAUUGGUGUAGCGCCGGAGUAACUGAUUGGAGUUAUUGUAACCAGUGGAACUUCCAAAGAUCCUAUGAUUAUAUUACUGGGUGCAAUAACUUUGAUUCUAGCACAGGAUACUCUCAGAUGGAUGCUCCUGAUUACUGUUGGGACGGAUCCGGAGCAGUAGCUCCCGUCCCUGCGAACGUGGAGCAGCCCUCUUCCUCGAGUCGGAAACCAUCAACUACUUCACUGACUUCAAUUCCCAAUGUGGAGCCUGUUAAAAUCCUGACAUCGAAAGCUUCCUUAACCAGUUUGGCUGCAGAGCCUGUUAAAGCCCUGACAUCGAAAGCAUCCUUAACCAGUUUGGCUGCAGAGGCUUUUACCGUUGGAAGCUGUGAUGGUACCAACAACUGCGCUGAUGUUGACUUCACUUACAGAAAGACUUUCAUGAACUUCCCACUCAUGUAUCUCGAUGUCACGGAUAUUACAUUUGUUGAUGGUGUAUAUGAGGCCACUGUACAUGUCACUACUGAGACAUGUAUGUCGAUCAACUCGUUGACCAUGUUGUCUAUUCUCAUGAAUGACGGCACCAGAUAUGAUUUGGUCAACAGAUAUCAGAAUUCGGUCACCAUUGACAACCCAUGUGAUUGGUCUUACAGAGUUUCGUUCACCACGCCUCAAACUGAAGGUAACCUUAAGUGUAUGCCAAUUUUCCAGGUAUUCUACUUAUGGUGCAACUCUAUCAGUGACCAGACUGAGUGUAGUCAGUGGAAGUACCUGACAUCAUACACUUACAUCACUGGAUGCAACAACUAUGACAGUUAUUCCAAAAAGUCAUGGACAGAUGCUCCAGACUUCUGCUGGGACCAAGAUACUUGUUUCAUUGACUCCAAAGAGUCUCUGUCUUCAGUCGCUAGUUUGAGUCAGAGUUCAUCUGAGAGCCCAGUUGUGGUGCCUCCAAGUUCUGAUAAGGUCAUCCCUACUUCCUCGGCACCAGAAGUUAUCCCUGCCUCUUCGGCACCAGUUGACAAAGCCACUAGCUCUUUGCCAGCAACUACUCCAAGCUCUCAACCUGUGGUGCCCGGCUCAUGUAACGGUGUGAACAACUGCGCUGAUGUUGACUUCACUUACAGAAAGACUUUCAUGAACUUCCCACUCAUGUAUCUCGAUGUCACGGAUAUUACAUUUGUUGAUGGUGUAUAUGAGGCCACUGUACAUGUCACUACUGAGACAUGUAUGUCGAUCAACUCGUUGACCAUGUUGUCUAUUCUCAUGAAUGACGGCACCAGAUAUGAUUUGGUCAACAGAUAUCAGAAUUCGGUCACCAUUGACAACCCAUGUGAUUGGUCUUACAGAGUUUCGUUCACCACGCCUCAAACUGAAGGUAACCUUAAGUGUAUGCCAAUUUUCCAGGUAUUCUACUUAUGGUGCAACUCUAUCAGUGACCAGACUGAGUGUAGUCAGUGGAAGUACCUGACAUCAUACACUUACAUCACUGGAUGCAACAACUAUGACAGUUAUUCCAAAAAGUCAUGGACAGAUGCUCCAGACUUCUGCUGGGACCAAGAUACUUGUUUCAUUGACUCCAAAGAGUCUCUGUCUUCAGUCGCUAGUUUGAGUCAGAGUUCAUCUGAGAGCCCAGUUGUGGUGCCUCCAAGUUCUGAUAAGGUCAUCCCUACUUCCUCGGCACCAGAAGUUAUCCCUGCCUCUUCGGCACCAGUUGACAAAGCCACUAGCUCUUUGCCAGCAACUACUCCAAGCUCUCAACCUGUGGUGCCCGGCUCAUGUAACGGUGUGAACAACUGCGCUGAUGUUGACUUCACUUACAGAAAGACUUUCAUGAACUUCCCACUCAUGUAUCUCGAUGUCACGGAUAUUACAUUUGUUGAUGGUGUAUAUGAGGCCACUGUACAUGUCACUACUGAGACAUGUAUGUCGAUCAACUCGUUGACCAUGUUGUCUAUUCUCAUGAAUGACGGCACCAGAUAUGAUUUGGUCAACAGAUAUCAGAAUUCGGUCACCAUUGACAACCCAUGUGAUUGGUCUUACAGAGUUUCGUUCACCACGCCUCAAACUGAAGGUAACCUUAAGUGUAUGCCAAUUUUCCAGGUAUUCUACUUAUGGUGCAACUCUAUCAGUGACCAGACUGAGUGUAGUCAGUGGAAGUACCUGACAUCAUACACUUACAUCACUGGAUGCAACAACUAUGACAGUUAUUCCAAAAAGUCAUGGACAGAUGCUCCAGACUUCUGCUGGGACCAAGAUACUUGUUUCAUUGACUCCAAAGAGUCUCUGUCUUCAGUCGCUAGUUUGAGUCAGAGUUCAUCUGAGAGCCCAGUUGUGGUGCCUCCAAGUUCUGAUAAGGUCAUCCCUACUUCCUCGGCACCAGAAGUUAUCCCUGCCUCUUCGGCACCAGUUGACAAAGCCACUAGCUCUUUGCCAGCAACUACUCCAAGCUCUCAACCUGUGGUGCCCGGCUCAUGUAACGGUGUGAACAACUGCGCUGAUGUUGACUUCACUUACAGAAAGACUUUCAUGAACUUCCCACUCAUGUAUCUCGAUGUCACGGAUAUUACAUUUGUUGAUGGUGUAUAUGAGGCCACUGUACAUGUCACUACUGAGACAUGUAUGUCGAUCAACUCGUUGACCAUGUUGUCUAUUCUCAUGAAUGACGGCACCAGAUAUGAUUUGGUCAACAGAUAUCAGAAUUCGGUCACCAUUGACAACCCAUGUGAUUGGUCUUACAGAGUUUCGUUCACCACGCCUCAAACUGAAGGUAACCUUAAGUGUAUGCCAAUUUUCCAGGUAUUCUACUUAUGGUGCAACUCUAUCAGUGACCAGACUGAGUGUAGUCAGUGGAAGUACCUGACAUCAUACACUUACAUCACUGGAUGCAACAACUAUGACAGUUAUUCCAAAAAGUCAUGGACAGAUGCUCCAGACUUCUGCUGGGACCAAGAUACUUGUUUCAUUGACUCCAAAGAGUCUCUGUCUUCAGUCGCAAGUUUAUCGUCAGACGUCAGUAUGUUUUCGAGUAGCGAGCAUUCAUCAGGUGCUGUGACUUCUGAGGAAUUUGCAUCACUGACUUUAUUAUCCGACAGUAAACCUGAAUCCGUUUCUGCUACAUCCUCAGCCCUUGUUUCAGAAAGCUCUGCAAGCUCACAAGCUCUUGAUUGGUCAAAAUCCCUUGCUCGCGACGAGACGACAUUGAGUAGCCAUGUCUCUAACACCGCAGAAAGAUCAUCAGUUGCAAUUGAAUCGGAUACAGCAGGAGACAUAUCGCUGUCUGUGGAGCAGCCCGCUUCCCCAUCUGCGUCCGAAAAUCAGAUUGCUUACUCCUCGACGUCUGGUAGUUUCUCAACUGAGACAUCAGGUAAUGGUGGUUGCAGGGCAACGAACAACUGUCCAAACUUGGACUUUGCUUUCAUGAGCCUGGAGCUGAACUAUCCUGUAUUAGAUUUUGAAGUGACGGAUAUCACAAACACUGAUGGAGUCUACGAAGCGACUCUUCAUGUGAAGCCAGAAACGUGCAUGUCUAUCAAAUCUUUAAACGUCUUGGCAAUUCUCAUGCCAACGACUAGAAUUGAUUUAUUCUACAGGUACAAAGGAAUUCAAUUGAUUGAUGAUCCAUGUGACUGGUCUUACAGAGUGUCGUUCACUAAGCCUCAGACUCUGGGAAAUCUCACCUGUAUGCCACGUGUCCGUGUCUACUAUAGUUGGUGUAUUUCCAUUGACGACUACUCCGAGUGCAACCAGUGGACGUAUUCUAAUUCCUGGACAUACAUCACUGGUUGUAAUAGCUAUGACAAGUCUUCCUUGAAGUCUUACACUGAUGGGGGAGACUUCUGUUGGGACGAGGAAGCAUGUUUCGCUGAUGAAAGUAUUUCAAACGUUGAAAGUUCAUCUAAAUUUGACUCAUGGUCAUCUGCUAGCGAGACCAAAUCCUUCAUUUCAUCAAUUUCAGAGGAAUCAUCCAUCUCGAGCCACGCGGAACAAUCAAGAAAUCAGUUCUCAUCCACUCAUGAAUCGGACCUUUCCAUUGAUUCUGAUGUACUCGACGCAUCGACUGUUUCUGUUAACUUUGACGCAUCCGAUGCCACCCGUGCCUCAAUGGGCUCUGAUGAUUCUGCUUCUUCGAUUACAUCCGAUGCUUCCGUUGCUUCAACUUCUAAUGCCUCUAUUGCAUCAGAUGCUUUUACCGUGGCCCCUGGUCCUCCUCCUUUUAAUCGGAUUUGGCCAAUUCCUUCCUCCUUAGAUGAAUCUGAGACUUCGAUUGCCCGCUCCGAUUCUGAUGCCUCUGAUGCUUCUAAGUCUAAGACAAGAUCAACUUCUCUUGCUGGUGAAGCUUUUACCGUGAGCACCGAUAUUCCUUUAUCAUCCGAUGCUUCUGGUGCUUCUGGUGCUUCUGAUGCUUCUAUUAGCUCUGAUACUUCUGAAGCUUCUGAUGUUUCUGGUGCUUCUAUUAGCUCUGAUGCUUCUACUGCUUCUAUUAGCUCUGAAGCUUCUGAUGCUUCUACUGCUUCUGAUGCUUCUAUUAGCUCUGCUGCUUCUAAAGCUUCUAUUAGCUCUGGUGCUUCUGAAGCUUCUGAUGUUUCUGGUGCUUCUACUGUUUCGGAUGCUUCUGAUGUUUCUGUUACUUCUGAAGCUUCUGGUGCUUCUGAUGCUUCUGGUGCUUCUGAUGCUUCUACUGCUUCUAUUAGCUCUGCUGCUUCUGAUGCUUCUACUGUUUCGGAUGCUUCUAUUAGCUCUGAUGCUUCUACUGCUUCUGGUGCUUCUGAUGCUUCUGCUGCUUCUGAUGCUUCUAUUAACUCUGAUGCUUCUACUGCUUCUGAUGCUUCUCUUAGCUCUGCUGACUUUGAAGCUUCUGAUGCUUCUAUUAGCUCUGCUGCUUCUGAUGCUUCUAUUAGCUCUGGUGCUUCUGAAGCUUCUGGUGCUUCUGGUGCUUCUGGUGCUUCUACUGUUUCGGAUGCCUCUGAUGUUUCUGUUACUUCUGAAGCUUCUGGUGCUUCUAUUAACUCUGAUGCUUCUACUGCUUCUAUUAGCUCUGAAGCUUCUGAUGCUUCUACUGCUUCUGAUGCUUCUAUUAGCUCUGCUGCCUCUGAAGCUUCUGAUGCUUCUACUGCUUCUGAUGCUUCUACUGCUUCUGAUGCUUCUAUUAGCUCUGCUGCCUCUGAAGCUUCUGAUGCUUCUACUGCUUCUGAUGCUUCUCUUAGCUCUGCUGACUUUGAAGCUUCUGAUGCUUCUAUUAGCUCUGCUGCUUCUGAUGCUUCUGAUGCUUCUAUUAGCUCUGCUGCUUCUGAUGCUUCUAUUAGCUCUGCUGCUUCUGAUGCUUCUAUUAGCUCUGCUGCCUCUGAAGCUUCUGAUGCUUCUACUGCUUCUGAUGCUUCUGAUGCUUCUACUGCUUCUAUUAGCUCUGAAGCUUCUGAUGCUUCUACUGCUUCUGAUGCUUCUAUUAGCUCUGCUGCCUCUGAAGCUUCUGAUGCUUCUACUGCUUCUGAUGCUUCUAUUAGCUCUGGUGCUUCUGAUGCUUCUGAUGCUUCUAUUAACUCUGAUGCUUCUACUGCUUCUGAUGCUUCUCUUAGCUCUGCUGACUUUGAAGCUUCUGAUGCUUCUAUUAGCUCUGCUGCUUCUGAUGCUUCUAUUAGCUCUGGUGCUUCUGAAGCUUCUGGUGCUUCUGGUGCUUCUGGUGCUUCUGGUGCUUCUACUGUUUCGGAUGCCUCUGAUGCUUCGAAGUCUAAGACAAGAUCAACUUCUCUUGCUGGUGAAGCUUUUACCGUGAGCACCGAUAUUCCUUUAUCAUCCGAUGCUUCUGGUGCUUCUGGUGCUUCUGGUGCUUCUGGUGCUUCUGAUGCUUCUAUUAGCUCUGAUACUUCUAUUAGCUCUGCUGCUUCUGGUGCUUCUACUGUUUCGGAUGCUUCUAUUAGCUCUGAUGCUUCUACUGCUUCUGGUGCUUCUGAUGCUUCUGCUUCUGAUGCUUCUACUGCUUCUGAUGCUUCUAUUAGCUCUGCUGCCUCUGAAGCUUCUGAUGCUUCUACUGCUUCUGAUGCUUCUAUUAGCUCUGCUGCCUCUGAAGCUUCUGAAGCUUCUACUGCUUCUGAUGCUUCUCUUAGCUCUGCUGACUUUGAAGCUUCUGAUGCUUCUAUUAGCUCUGCUGCUUCUGAUGCUUCUGAUGCUUCUAUUAGCUCUGCUGCUUCUGAUGCUUCUAUUAGCUCUGCUGCCUCUGAAGCUUCUGAUGCUUCUACUGCUUCUGAUGCUUCUGAUGCUUCUGAUGCUUCUAUUAGCUCUGCUGCUUCUGAUGCUUCUACUGUUUCGGAUGCUUCUGUUAGCUCUGAUACUUCUGAAGCUUCUGAUGUUUCUGGUGCUUCCACUGUUUCGGAUGCUUCUGAUGUUUCUGUUGCUUCUACUGCUUCUGGUGCUUCUGAUGCUUCUGGUGCUUCUGAUGCUUCUAUUAGCUCUGCUGACUUUGAAGCUUCUGAUGUUUCUAUUAGCUCUGCUGCUUCUGAUGCUUCUACUGUUUCGGAUGCUUCUAUUAGCUCUGAUACUUCUGAAGCUUCUGAUGUUUCUGGUGCUUCUGAUGCUUCUAUCAACUCUGAUGCUUCUACUGCUUCUGAUGCUUCUAUUAGCUCUGCUGACUCUGAAGCUUCUGAUGCUUCUGCUGCUUUUGAUGCUUCUAUUAGCUCUGGUGCUUCUGGUGCUUCUGAUGCUUCUAUUAGCUCUGCUGACUCUGAAGCUUCUGGUGCUUCUGGUGCUUCUACUGUUUCGGAUGCCUCUGAUGCUUCUAAGUCUAAGACAAGAUCAACUUCUCUUGCUGGUGAAGCUUUUACCGUGAGCACCGAUAUUCCUUUAUCAUCCGAUGCAUCUAUUAGCUUUGAAGCUUCAACUGCUUCUGGAGCUUCUGAUGUUAUUAGCUCUGAUGCUUCUGCUACUUCUGAUGCUUCUGAAGCUUCUGAUGCUUCUACUGCUUCUGGUGCUUCUGAUGCUUCUGCUGCUUCUGAAGCUUCUGAUGCUUCUACUGCUUCUGAUGCUUCUAUUAGCUCUGCUGCCUCUGAAGCUUCUGAUGCUUCUACUGCUUCUGAUGCUUCUACUGCUUCUGAUGCUUCUACUGCUUCUGAUGCUUCUCUUAGCUCUGCUGACUUUGAAGCUUCUGAUGCUUCUAUUAGCUCUGCUGCCUCUGAAGCUUCUGAUGCUUCUGAUGCUUCUAUUAGCUCUGGUGCUUCUGAAGCUUCUGGUGCUUCUGGUGCUUCUGGUGCUUCUACUGUUUCGGAUGCCUCUGAUGCUUCGAAGUCUAAGACAAGAUCAACUUCUCUUGCUGGUGAAGCUUUUACCGUGAGCACCGAUAUUCCUUUAUCAUCCGAUGCUUCUGGUGCUUCUGGUGCUUCUGAUGCUUCUAUUAGCUCUGAUACUUCUGAAGCUUCUGAUGUUUCUGGUGCUUCUACUGUUUCGGAUGCUUCUAUUAGCUCUGAUGCUUCUACUGCUUCUGGUGCUUCUGAUGCUUCUGGUGCUUCUGAUGCUUCUACUGCUUCUGAUGCUUCUGAUGCUUCUAUUAACUCUGCUGCUUCUGGAGCUUCUGAUGUUAUUAGCUCUGAUGCUUCUGCUACUUCUGAUGCUUCUGAAGCUUCUGAUGCUUCUACUGUUUCGGAUGCCUCUGAUGCUUCUGAUGCUUCCGGUGCUUCUGGUGCUUCUGGUGCUUCUGAAGCUUCUGAUGCUUCUACUGCUUCUGAUGCUUCUAUUAGCUCUGCUUCCUCUGAAGCUUCUGAUGCUUCUACUGCUUCUGAUGCUUCUACUGCUUCUGAUGCUUCUAUUAGCUCUGCUGCCUCUGAAGCUUCUGAUGCUUCUGCUGCUUUUGAUGCUUCUAUUAGCUCUGGUGCUUCUGGUGCUUCUGAUGCUUCUAUUAGCUCUGCUGACUCUGAAGCUUCUGGUGCUUCUGGUGCUUCUACUGUUUCGGAUGCCUCUGAUGCUUCUAAGUCUAAGACAAGAUCAACUUCUCUUGCUGGUGAAGCUUUUACCGUGAGCACCGAUAUUCCUUUAUCAUCCGAUGCAUCUAUUAGCUUUGAAGCUUCAACUGCUUCUGGAGCUUCUGAUGUUAUUAGCUCUGAUGCUUCUGCUACUUCUGAUGCUUCUGAAGCUUCUGAUGCUUCUACUGUUUCGGAUGCCUCUGAUGCUUCUGAUGCUUCCGGUGCUUCUGGUGCUUCUGGUGCUUCUGAUGCUUCUACUGCUUCUACUGCUUCUGAUGCUUCUGAUGCUUCUAUUAGCUCUGCUGCUUCUGAUGCUUCUAUUAGCUCUGGUGCUUCUGGUGCUUCUGAUGCUUCUACUGCUUCUGAUGCUUCUGAUGCUUCUAUUAGCUCUGCUGACUCUGAAGCUUCUACUGCUUCUGAUGCUUCUGAUGCUUCUAUUAGCUCUGCUGACUCUGAAGCUUCUGAUGUUUCUAUUAGCUCUGCUGCUUCUGAUGCUUCUACUGUUUCGGAUGCUUCUAUUAGCUCUGAUACUUCUGAAGCUUCUGAUGUUUCUGGUGCUUCUGAUGCUUCUAUCAACUCUGAUGCUUCUACUGCUUCUGAUGCUUCUAUUAGCUCUGCUGCUUCUAAAGCUUCUAUUAGCUCUGGUGCUUCUGAAGCUUCUGAUGUUUCUGGUGCUUCUACUGUUUCGGAUGCUUCUGAUGUUUCUGUUACUUCUGAAGCUUCUGGUGCUUCUGAUGCUUCUGGUGCUUCUGAUGCUUCUACUGCUUCUAUUAGCUCUGCUGCUUCUGAUGCUUCUACUGUUUCGGAUGCUUCUAUUAGCUCUGAUGCUUCUACUGCUUCUGGUGCUUCUGAUGCUUCUGCUGCUUCUGAUGCUUCUAUUAACUCUGAUGCUUCUACUGCUUCUGAUGCUUCUCUUAGCUCUGCUGACUUUGAAGCUUCUGAUGCUUCUAUUAGCUCUGCUGCUUCUGAUGCUUCUAUUAGCUCUGGUGCUUCUGAAGCUUCUGGUGCUUCUGGUGCUUCUGGUGCUUCUACUGUUUCGGAUGCCUCUGAUGUUUCUGUUACUUCUGAAGCUUCUGGUGCUUCUAUUAACUCUGAUGCUUCUACUGCUUCUAUUAGCUCUGAAGCUUCUGAUGCUUCUACUGCUUCUGAUGCUUCUAUUAGCUCUGCUGCCUCUGAAGCUUCUGAUGCUUCUACUGCUUCUGAUGCUUCUACUGCUUCUGAUGCUUCUAUUAGCUCUGCUGCCUCUGAAGCUUCUGAUGCUUCUACUGCUUCUGAUGCUUCUCUUAGCUCUGCUGACUUUGAAGCUUCUGAUGCUUCUAUUAGCUCUGCUGCUUCUGAUGCUUCUGAUGCUUCUAUUAGCUCUGCUGCUUCUGAUGCUUCUAUUAGCUCUGCUGCUUCUGAUGCUUCUAUUAGCUCUGCUGCCUCUGAAGCUUCUGAUGCUUCUACUGCUUCUGAUGCUUCUGAUGCUUCUACUGCUUCUAUUAGCUCUGAAGCUUCUGAUGCUUCUACUGCUUCUGAUGCUUCUAUUAGCUCUGCUGCCUCUGAAGCUUCUGAUGCUUCUACUGCUUCUGAUGCUUCUAUUAGCUCUGGUGCUUCUGAUGCUUCUGAUGCUUCUAUUAACUCUGAUGCUUCUACUGCUUCUGAUGCUUCUCUUAGCUCUGCUGACUUUGAAGCUUCUGAUGCUUCUAUUAGCUCUGCUGCUUCUGAUGCUUCUAUUAGCUCUGGUGCUUCUGAAGCUUCUGGUGCUUCUGGUGCUUCUGGUGCUUCUGGUGCUUCUACUGUUUCGGAUGCCUCUGAUGCUUCGAAGUCUAAGACAAGAUCAACUUCUCUUGCUGGUGAAGCUUUUACCGUGAGCACCGAUAUUCCUUUAUCAUCCGAUGCUUCUGGUGCUUCUGGUGCUUCUGGUGCUUCUGGUGCUUCUGAUGCUUCUAUUAGCUCUGAUACUUCUAUUAGCUCUGCUGCUUCUGGUGCUUCUACUGUUUCGGAUGCUUCUAUUAGCUCUGAUGCUUCUACUGCUUCUGGUGCUUCUGAUGCUUCUGGUGCUUCUGAUGCUUCUACUGCUUCUGAUGCUUCUGAUGCUUCUAUUAACUCUGAUGCUUCUACUGCUUCUAUUAACUCUGAUGCUUCUACUGCUUCUAUUAGCUCUGAAGCUUCUGAUGCUUCUACUGCUUCUGAUGCUUCUAUUAGCUCUGCUGCCUCUGAAGCUUCUGAUGCUUCUACUGCUUCUGAUGCUUCUAUUAGCUCUGCUGCCUCUGAAGCUUCUGAAGCUUCUACUGCUUCUGAUGCUUCUCUUAGCUCUGCUGACUUUGAAGCUUCUGAUGCUUCUAUUAGCUCUGCUGCUUCUGAUGCUUCUGAUGCUUCUAUUAGCUCUGCUGCUUCUGAUGCUUCUAUUAGCUCUGCUGCCUCUGAAGCUUCUGAUGCUUCUACUGCUUCUGAUGCUUCUGAUGCUUCUGAUGCUUCUAUUAGCUCUGCUGCUUCUGAUGCUUCUACUGUUUCGGAUGCUUCUGUUAGCUCUGAUACUUCUGAAGCUUCUGAUGUUUCUGGUGCUUCCACUGUUUCGGAUGCUUCUGAUGUUUCUGUUGCUUCUACUGCUUCUGGUGCUUCUGAUGCUUCUGGUGCUUCUGAUGCUUCUAUUAGCUCUGCUGACUUUGAAGCUUCUGAUGUUUCUAUUAGCUCUGCUGCUUCUGAUGCUUCUACUGUUUCGGAUGCUUCUAUUAGCUCUGAUACUUCUGAAGCUUCUGAUGUUUCUGGUGCUUCUGAUGCUUCUAUCAACUCUGAUGCUUCUACUGCUUCUGAUGCUUCUAUUAGCUCUGCUGACUCUGAAGCUUCUGAUGCUUCUGCUGCUUUUGAUGCUUCUAUUAGCUCUGGUGCUUCUGGUGCUUCUGAUGCUUCUAUUAGCUCUGCUGACUCUGAAGCUUCUGGUGCUUCUGGUGCUUCUACUGUUUCGGAUGCCUCUGAUGCUUCUAAGUCUAAGACAAGAUCAACUUCUCUUGCUGGUGAAGCUUUUACCGUGAGCACCGAUAUUCCUUUAUCAUCCGAUGCAUCUAUUAGCUUUGAAGCUUCAACUGCUUCUGGAGCUUCUGAUGUUAUUAGCUCUGAUGCUUCUGCUACUUCUGAUGCUUCUGAAGCUUCUGAUGCUUCUACUGCUUCUGGUGCUUCUGAUGCUUCUGCUGCUUCUGAAGCUUCUGAUGCUUCUACUGCUUCUGAUGCUUCUAUUAGCUCUGCUGCCUCUGAAGCUUCUGAUGCUUCUACUGCUUCUGAUGCUUCUACUGCUUCUGAUGCUUCUACUGCUUCUGAUGCUUCUCUUAGCUCUGCUGACUUUGAAGCUUCUGAUGCUUCUAUUAGCUCUGCUGCCUCUGAAGCUUCUGAUGCUUCUGAUGCUUCUAUUAGCUCUGGUGCUUCUGAAGCUUCUGGUGCUUCUGGUGCUUCUGGUGCUUCUACUGUUUCGGAUGCCUCUGAUGCUUCGAAGUCUAAGACAAGAUCAACUUCUCUUGCUGGUGAAGCUUUUACCGUGAGCACCGAUAUUCCUUUAUCAUCCGAUGCUUCUGGUGCUUCUGGUGCUUCUGAUGCUUCUAUUAGCUCUGAUACUUCUGAAGCUUCUGAUGUUUCUGGUGCUUCUACUGUUUCGGAUGCUUCUAUUAGCUCUGAUGCUUCUACUGCUUCUGGUGCUUCUGAUGCUUCUGGUGCUUCUGAUGCUUCUACUGCUUCUGAUGCUUCUGAUGCUUCUAUUAACUCUGCUGCUUCUGGAGCUUCUGAUGUUAUUAGCUCUGAUGCUUCUGCUACUUCUGAUGCUUCUGAAGCUUCUGAUGCUUCUACUGUUUCGGAUGCCUCUGAUGCUUCUGAUGCUUCCGGUGCUUCUGGUGCUUCUGGUGCUUCUGAAGCUUCUGAUGCUUCUACUGCUUCUGAUGCUUCUAUUAGCUCUGCUUCCUCUGAAGCUUCUGAUGCUUCUACUGCUUCUGAUGCUUCUACUGCUUCUGAUGCUUCUAUUAGCUCUGCUGCCUCUGAAGCUUCUGAUGCUUCUGCUGCUUUUGAUGCUUCUAUUAGCUCUGGUGCUUCUGGUGCUUCUGAUGCUUCUAUUAGCUCUGCUGACUCUGAAGCUUCUGGUGCUUCUGGUGCUUCUACUGUUUCGGAUGCCUCUGAUGCUUCUAAGUCUAAGACAAGAUCAACUUCUCUUGCUGGUGAAGCUUUUACCGUGAGCACCGAUAUUCCUUUAUCAUCCGAUGCUUCUAUUAGCUCUGAUGCUUCUACUGCUUCUGGUGCUUCUGAUGCUUCUACUGCUUCUGGUGCUUCUGAUGUUAUUAGCUCUGAUGCUUCUACUGCUUCUACUGCUUCUGAUGCUUCUGAUGCUUCUGAUGCUUCUAUUAGCUCUGCUGCUUCUGAUGCUUCUAUUAGCUCUGGUGCUUCUACUGUUUCUACUGCUUCUGAUGCUUCUGAUGCUUCUAUUAGCUCUGCUGCUUCUGAUGCUUCUACUGCUUCUGAUGCUUCUGAUGCUUCUAUUAGCUCUGCUGACUCUGAAGCUUCUGGUGCUUCUGGUGCUUCUACUGUUUCGGAUGCCUCUGAUGCUUCUAAGUCUAAGACAAGAUCAACUUCUCUUGCUGGUGAAGCUUUUACCGUGAGCACCGAUAUUCCUUUAUCAUCCGAUGCAUCUAUUAGCUCUGAUGCUUCUCCUGCUUCUGGUGCUUCUGAUGCUUCUACUGCUUCUGGUGCUUCUGAUGCUUCUGAAGCUUCUGAUGCGUCUACUGUUUCGGAUGCCUCUGAUGCUUCUGAUGCUUCUGCUACUUCUGAGGCUUCUAUUAGCUCUGCUGCUUCUGAAGCUUCUACUGCUUCUACUGCUUCUGAUGCUUCUGAUGCUUCUAUUAGCUCUGGUGCUUCUAUUAGCUCUGGUGCUUCUGAUGCUUCUGGUGCUUCUACUGCUUCUGAUGCUUCUACUGCUUCUACUGCUUCUGGUGCUUCUGAUGCUUCUACUGUUUCGGAUGCCUCUGAUGCUUCUGCUGCUUCUGAUGCUUCUGAUGCUUCUACUGCUACUGCUACUUCUAAUAGCUCUGCUGUCUCUGAAGCUUCUGUUGCUUCUACUCCUUCUGAUGCUUCUAAUAGCUCUGAUGCCUCUGAUAUUUCAGCUGGCUCCGGUAGCACCAAUGUUUCCAAUGCUUCUGCUAGUACAUCUGAUGUAUCUGCUCAUUCUGACGUUUCUGGUGCUAUUUCAUCAACUGUUGUAUUGGACGCAUCUGAUCUGUCUGGUGCCUCUAAGUCUUCUAAAAGAUCCACAUCACUUGCGGCUGAAGAUUUCACCGUUUCUGAAGCCAGUGGCUACACUGCUCAUACUACUGGUGAAACCUUUGCUACCAAUAAAGCCAGUAUCCCAAGCGAAGAUUUAACUCCUGAACUGAUCAAUUUCAGCACGAGCAAGUCAUUGCAGCCAGCAGAAAGUGAUCUCGUUCACACAGACGACAACAGUAUUCCUGGAUACUCUGUUACGCCCCAUACUGUUGCUGGAGUUGAUUUUACAGUUUCCUAUGCCAGCGGAUAUACUGCUCCUAUACCUGAUGUCAGUUCAAGUACCUCUGUGGCUGAAGCUGACUCUCUGAGCAAAACCAAGUUACCGCAUUCAUUGGAUAUUGGUGUUCCUCAGACAGUUGAUUUCAGCAUUCCUGAAUACUCUGUUACGCCCCAUACUGUUGCCGGAGCCGAUUUUACAGUUUCCUAUGCCAGCGGAUACACUGCUCCUAUACCUGAUGUCAGUUCAAGUACCUCUGUGGUUGAAGCUGACUCUCUGAGCAAAACCAAGUUACCGCACUCAUUGGAUAUUGGUGUUCCUCAGACAGUUGAUUUCAGCAUUCCUGAAUACUCUGUUACGCCCCAUACUGUUGCCGGAGCCGAUUUUACAGUUUCCUAUGCCAGCGGAUACACUGCUCCUAUACCUGAUGUCAGUUCAAGUACCUCUGUGGUUGAAGCUGACUCUCUGAGCAAAACCAAGUUACCGCACUCAUUGGAUAUUGGUGUUCCUCAGACAGUUGAUUUCAGCAUUCCUGAAUACUCUGUUACGCCCCAUACUGUUGCCGGAGCCGAUUUUACAGUUUCCUAUGCCAGCGGAUAUACUGCUCCUAUACCUGAUGUCAGUUCAAGGACUUCUGUAGUGGAGGACGGCUUCAGUCUGAGUGCUGCAGAAUCAGAAUCUCCUGUUGAAUCAAGCUUUGAAUCUAGUCUCGUUUCACAGGUCAGCCUAGUUUCGUCGGGAACUUCUGAAGUUGUCGCAUCUGAAACAACUGCUCAAGAAAUUGGAACUUCUAGAGGCUCAGUAACACCAGACAAAGACGUCAGUACAGAAAGUGCUCCUCACAGUUCUACUGACAUUAAUCCGACUCCCCAGAGUAUUGCAGCUUUGGCUUCUACCGUGAGUGACGUUACUGUUCCACAAAGUGAUUCAACAAACGACAACUUCCAAUCGAGUACACUAAGUAUCGAUACCUCCAAUACCAUCAGCCCUAAUGCUGCCGUUACUAACACCGUUGGUACCAACACAACUGAAACCAACACUGUUGGCACAGAUACUGCCGGUACCAACACCGCUGGAACUAACACCGCUGGAACUAACACCGCUGGAACUAACACAGCUGGAACUAACACCGCUGGUACCGACACAAUUGGAACGAACACUGUUGGCACAGAUACUGCCGGUACUAACACCGCUGGAACUAACACCGCUGGUACCAACACAAUUGGAACGAACACUGUUGGCACAGAUACUGCCGGUACUAACACCGCUGGUACCAACACAAUUGGAACGAACACUGUUGGCACAGAUACUGCCGGUACCAACACCGCUGGAACUAACACCGUUGGAACUAACACCGCUGGAACUAACACCGCUGGUACCAACACAAUUGGAACGAACACCGUUGGAACUAACACCGCUGAAACUAACUCAGUUGGAACUAACUCAGCUGGAACGAACACCGUUGGAACUAACACCGCUGGAACUAACACCGCUGGAACGAACACCGCUGGUACCAACACAAUUGGAACGAACACCGUUGGAACUAACACCGCUGGAACUAACACCGCUGGAACUAACACCGCUGGAACUAACACCGCUGGUACCAACACAAUUGGAACGAACACCGUUGGAACUAACACCGCUGAAACUAACUCAGUUGGAACUAACUCAGCUGGAACGAACACCGUUGGAACUAACACCGCUGGAACUAACACCGCUGGAACGAACACCGCUGGUACCAACACAAUUGGAACGAACACCGUUGGAACUAACACCGCUGAAACUAACUCAGUUGGAACUAACACCGCUGGAACUAACACCGCUGGAACUAACACCGCUGGAACUAACACCGCUGGUACCAACACAAUUGGAACGAACACCGUUGGAACUAACACAGCUGAAACUAACACAAUUGGAACGAACACUGUUGGCACAGAUACUGACAGUACUAACACCGCUGGUACCAACACAAUUGGAACGAACACCGCUGAAACUAACACCGCUGGAAUUAACACUGUCGGAACUGAUACUGAAAGUACAGAUGCUCAUGAAACAGCUCAUAUUUCCGUGUAUUCAUCUUCUGUUCUGAAAACGACAAUCACUACUGGAGCUACAAUUGUCACUACCACUAUCAAUGGUCAUGUGACAUCAUACACUACUUACUGUCCAUUAUCCGAUUCUAAGAAGUCAACAGUCAUCACCACUGGCGUCUCCGUUGUUACUACCACUGUUCAUGGUAAAGUCACCUCUUACACCACAUACUGCCCGCUUACGGAAGCUUCCGUGGUACCAAGGGCCAGUCCAUCGACGUUAUCACCCAUUCUGACUGCUACAGUCAGUACUGGAGUUGCUGUCUUGACCACUACGGUACAAGGAGUUGUAACUUCAUACACCACAUAUUGUCCAUUGACAGAUGAGAAUAAGAUCUCAGAGACAGUUUUCACCACAGGAGUGGCAAUUGUCACAACCUCUGUCAAUGGAGUUGCUACUUCCUUCACAACAUACUGCCCCUUACUGCAAUCAAUGCCGGGCGCUGAUACAAUUCAGGAGACGGUUAUUGCAACCACUUCCUGCAACAGCGACAAUAUCUGUAGCACCAGCUCGAUCACCACUGGAGUUACUAUUGUCACCGUUACCGAGAAUGAUGUGGUUACCUCCUACACCACUUAUUGUCCGUUGUCAGGCUCGCAAACAACUACAAGCGACCUGAACUACUCGCAAGACUUCGAGUAUAUGGUGGAGAAGACCUCAUCGAUACCUUAUGUGGAGCUGACAUUUUCGUCCGUCGUAUCCAACAGUGUCAAUUCAAUUGAAACGAUGUCGUCGAGCUCAAACUCCACAACUUUGCAUGGCCAGGUACCAACAGCAGUUACCGAGAGUAAGGCACAUACUACCACCUUCGGAUUCCUUGCUGUUGUUGCGGCCCUUUUUGUCAUUUUGGUUUAA